CUUCCAUUGCUUUUCCGUUCCUUUUGUACGCCUACCAAUCCUCCGAAUAUUUCAUUAAAAAGAAAUGGCGUCGACCCAGAGACCUGUUUUGGGGAAGGAUCAGAUCACCCAGUACUUUGAGCGCAUCAAGCUCCCUGAGGAACAUCGAAAAUAUCGUGUCGCAGGGAUGAGGCCUGAAGAGACUCUUGAGUACCUAGCCUUGCUGCAAAAACACCAUCUUGUGGAAGUUCCUUUCGAAAAUCUUACACUGCACUACUCACACCACCGCCAAAUAUCCAUCCACCCGGAGGAGCUGUUCAAGAAGAUUGUUGAGGAUGACAAUGGCCGCGGAGGCUACUGCAUGGAGAACAAUGGUCUCUUCCACAUAUUGUUAUACUCACUUGGCUUUAAUAUAUAUUCUGCUGGCGGUCGUGUUUACGAAGGAAGCGUGUGGUCUGGCUGGGCUCAUAUGGUGAACAUUGUCACUAUCGGAGAAAGUCGGUACCAUGUCGACGUCGGAUUUGGAGCCAAUGGGCCGGUCCGGCCGCUGAAAUUAGAUCGCUCGGGCGCCAUACACAAACAUAUGCAACCCGCAGCCAUGCGCCUUCAGUGGCGCAACCUAAAUGAAAACACCGAUCAAAACCAACGAUUAUGGGUAUACGAGCACCGCGUCGACGAAAAGAGUGACUUCGUACCGACAUAUUGCUUUACAGAGCUGGAAUUCCUCCCUAGCGACUACGCAUUGAUGAAUUACUUCACCAGCACAAAUCAGAAGACGUUCUUCACCCAGACCAUCGUGGGCGAGAAGAAGAUAUUAGGAGGUGAGAACAAUGACGAACUUGUGGGAAGCUUAAUUCUUGAGCAGAAGAAUUUGAAAUGGAGGAUAUACGGGAAGAAGGAACGUGAGAUUCAGUUCGAGACCGAACAAGACAGGGUUAGUGCCUUGGAAGAGCAUUUCGGGAUUAAGCUAGGCCAGGUGGAAAGAGACAGUAUUCGUGGCCUGACGUCUGAGAUCAAGAGCUGA